AUGCCACUCACAACCUCCCGGACACCUGCGAACCCGCCCCAGCCGCGCAUUUCGUCGGCUAACAGUGGUUCUUCAUACGUUAAGAGAUCCGAAGUUUUGGAGGGUGGCGAAGAGUCGUCCGAACCAUCAGCGACCUCACCCUUAUCGCCAUCCCACAGCGUCCGACCGUCUGUAACCGGUGGGCGGACGUUCCCAAGCUCGCAGAAGUACCGACCCUUCUGGCCCCUGCCUCGGCACCCUCUUCAUAUCGCACAAUGGGGAGCGCGUGUUGGCACGCGUAAAUGGGAGGCAGCGGAGAAGGUUCAGGACUUUGAGACGAUGGUCGCAGUCUUCGCGCCGGCGGUACUCGACGCGGUGCUUGAGAGGAUGUUGAAGGCGCGCGAUGUGCGAGGCGAAGAGAUCAAGCGCAAGGUCGAUGGCCCCACCUUCGUACCACACGAUGGGCCUCCGACCUUUCAAGAGUGGCUAGUCAUGACGAACGAUUUCGUGUGCGAGACAUACGACGUCGCACCCAGUCUCGCAAGGGUCGGGACACACUGUCGCGCCGUGCUGAAUGCCGCGUGGUACCCCUCCUUUGACUCUCGGUACCCGCCCGCGCGCUACGACAUGAGGAGGGCAAUCCCUCUGGAAGAGCUGGGUAUCUGCGACCCGAUGUCCGAGGCGAAUUUCAGCGACGUGAGCCACUGGGCAAUGGAGGCGUAUGGGCUGGAUUCACCUCCUCCUUUGGCACGAGAACGGGUCCCAACGCCUGUGGAGGAAAUUGACGAGGAUGAGUGGGAGGAGAGGUUGGCGGAACUGAGGGAGGCGGGGUUGUUGCGCGACUGA